AUGAGUGUAACAGAAAUUCCUACAACUAAUGCAAGUACUACUCCAUUUAAUCCUAUCUGCAGGAACAGACAAGCACCAUACGCCUAUGAGAUCCUAGAAAAGCUUGACACAACUGGACAGGUGCUGUUUGCAAUUCUAACAUUUAUGUCAGUAAUUGCAGUUGUAGUGUUUAUAGAAGAAGCAUGUUACAUGUACAAAAAAAUCCCUGGAGCCAAAAAAUCAAUAAUCAUCUGGGUGAAUGCUGGCGCCCCAAUAAUUACUACAACAUCAUGCGUGGGAAUGUGGAUUCCUAGAAGUACUAUGUUCACAGACUUCACUGCUUCUGUGUUUCUCGCUGUUGUUAUACACAAGUUUCAACUUAUGUUGGUAAGUGAAUGUGGUGGCAGAAGAGAAUUCCUCAAGAGGUUCGGGGCACAAAAACUUCAGCUCAACACUGGCCCACUUUGCUGUUGUUGUCUAUGCUUUCCAAGGAAAGAUAUUAACAGGGUUACCUUAUUUAUCUUGAAGUUGGGUACCUUUCAGUUUGCA